AUGAAAACAAUCAUCGCUGCCUGCUCCCAGAACCUCAGCGGCAGCCGUGGCAGCAUCCAGCCCACCCUGCGCAGGCUGCUGGCCGUGCCCUGGCCCUGGCAGCGCGACGUGCGCUCCUGCCUCCAGCUCCUCGCCGUGCUCCAGUGGGUGCUCAGCUUCCUGCUGCUCGGAACUGUCAGCCUCUUGGUCCUCAUCUACUUGGUGUUCACCAGUUUCUGGCCCAUUUCCGUGCUCUACCUGGCCUGGAUCAUCUUCGACUGGGACACACCGGAGAAAGGUGGGAGGAGGUUGCCGUGCCUGCGGCGAUGGACCGUGUGGAAGCACUUUCGGGAUUACUUCCCUGUGAAGCUGGUGAAGACACACGACCUGUCCCCUAGCCGCAACUACAUCAUCGGCUCCCACCCCCACGGCAUCCUCUGCGUCGGUGCCUUCUGCAACUUCAUCACGGGCUCCACGGGCUUCGAGGAGCUGUUCCCGGGGAUCCGCUCCUUUUUUUUUUUCCGCCUGCCCCUGUUCCGCGAGUACCUGAUGAGCGGCGGCCUGUUCCCGGUGACUCGCCGUGCCAUCGGUCACCUUCUGUCCCACAACGGCAUGGGCAACGCGGUAGCCAUCGUCAUCGGCGGCGCGGCUGAGUCACUCUCCUGCCGCCCUGGCCUCACCACCUUGGUCCUCAAGAACCGCAAGGGCUUCGUCCGCAUGGCCCUGCAGCACGGGGCUUACCUCGUCCCCUCCUUCUCCUUUGGGGAGAACGACCUGUUCCGCCAGGUGGUGUUUGAGGAGGGCACUUGGAUGAGGAGCAUCCAGAAGCGCUUCCAGAAGAUGAUGGGCUUUGCUCCUUGUGUCUUCUAUGGCCGUGGACUCACCUCUGUCCAGUCCCGGGGCUUCCUGCCCUAUGCCAGGCCCAUCACCACUGUGGUGGGAGAGCCAGUGGUGGUGCCCAAGGUGCAGAACCCGAGCCGGGAGAUGGUGGACAUGUACCAUGAGAAGUACAUCCAUGCCCUGCUGAAGCUCUUCAACGAGAACAAGACCAAGUAUGGGCUGUCAGAGACGGAUGAGCUGCACAUCCUCUGA